AUGUCCACCGACAACUCCAAUACCAAUCAGAACACCCAGAACAACCCGAACGAAAUGCAUCGCCAGAGACGCGGAUCAGUCACCCAGCAGGCUAUUGCCGGUCUCUUCAGAAGCAACUCUACCUCCAACGGCGGUGCAUUCCCCGGCACCAGCGACGCUCAGAGAAGGAGACUCUCCGUCACCACGGGUCUAGGCCUCACCGGCACUUCGCCCACCGGUGCCAGUGCCUUCAACUCUCUCCGACGAGGAAGUCUGUCAACCAACUCUAACGACUCCAUCGAUGAGAAUGCAAUCGACGAGGAAGAGAUCCCCCCCAACGCCCGCACAGCACCCGCCACUCCCUUCACCCGCAGAAUGAGCUUUGGAGCUCAGGCAAUGCGCACCAUGCGUAACAGCGGUGGAAGUCCGGGUUCAAACGGUAAUGAUCUACCCCCUGCUUCUGCCACUCAUGUGCCCAGCACGCCUGUCUCCUUCAACGGACGCAGGAGCGUGCACUCCCCGCGAGGCGUCGGCUCGGUUACGGAUACCUCGUCCAUCACCGCUGCUCUGUCGUCGGCCAGGCGUCGAUCGAGCAGCAUUGUACAGGCAAGCAUUACAAAUAAGCAAAAAUCAUCUUCUGACGUGUUCUCUCCCCCAGACCAAGGUUUCAACUGGUCCGAGCAGCUUAGAUCUCGCGCCGAGAACUCUGUUCAAGGACCACGAGCAUCCUUCUCUUUCGGCUCUGGUCUUUCAUCUUCGCCUCCUCGCGGCCCCGGCAAUGGCGCUGUCCACGACCGCCAGAAGUCAAUCUCCGAGAUGCCUGCCCCUCCAGCUCAGGCUGCCGCCAUGAAGCCCAAGGCCCCCGAGCGACCCAAGCCCGAUGCAUUCCAAGAGCGCAUCCUCAAAGGCGACUUCUACAUGGACUGA